GGUGAAGUCCAGUGACAAGGGGGAGAGGAGGGAUCCAAACCCCAAACCCCCCCGAUCCCUCGACGCGCGGCCGCCGGAGAUGGCCGCCGGAGACGCCGGGAGGGCGCCGCCGGCCGCGGAGGCGCAGGCGCUGGUGGACUCCUUCCGCGCCGUCACCUCCGCGACCGCCGACGAGGCCGCCUUCUUCCUCGAGAGCCACAACUGGGCCCUCGACUCCGCCGUCCGCUCCUUCUACGACUCCGCGGACGGCGACGCCGGCGCCGGCGCGCCCGAUCCGGCGCCCCGCCUGCCUCCGCGGCCUCCCUCACCCGCUGACGACGGCGCCGACUCCGUGGGCGAGGACGAGGACGAGGACUACGUCGUCGGUGGCGGCGACGAGGAUCAGGACGACGACGACUACGAGGGGGAGGAUGAUGACGACGACGAGGACGCCGACCUCGCCGCGGAGACCGCGUCGGCGGACGAGAGGAGGAGGCCGGUGAAGAGGCUGAAGAAGGGUCACAACGCGCGGGGUGGGGGAGGCAGCGGGAGCGGGAAUGUGAGGACGCUCUCCGAUCUCGGCGGUGGCAGGGGCGUCGCGGGGUCCGAGGAUUCCGAGGACGACGAGUGGGCGCCGCCGCCCGACUUAUACACCGGAGGCGAAAAGAGUGGAAUGGUUGUUAGAGAUCGACCUAAGCGUAAAAACCGUGUGGAUGAGAUCUUUAAGGAAGCUAAGAGGAAGGGAGCAAAGCAAGGUCCAUUUGAGGCUCGCCGGAAAUCAAGGAGCUUUGCUGGGACAGGCAGACGAACAGGUGAAUCCUCAGAGCCUGAUGCGCCUCAGCCACCAGAAAAUAUUGUCCACAACAUCUAUUUCUGGACCAAUGGGUUCACAGUAAAUGAUGGUCCACUCAGAAGUUUUGAUGAUCCAGCAAAUGCAUCUUUUUUAAAGAGCAUCAAGAAUUCUGAUUGUCCAUCUGAGCUUGAGCCAGUUGAUAAAAGGUCCAAAGUGAAUGUGAAUCUUAUUCGGAAAGAGGAAAAUUGUCCUAAACCUGCCAAGCCCGUAGCUCCAUUCCAGGGAGGGGGAAAAACUCUGGGGAAGCCUUCUGAUAACUCCACACCUCCGGAUGCUACUUCUGCAGCCGCUGCUUCCAGUACAGAGAAUGUCUCGAAGACUGUGACGCUCACAGUGGAUGAUUCUUUGCCAUCAACCUCUCUACAGAUCAGAUUUGUGGAUGGAAGCCGCAUGGUUGCGCGUUUCAACACAAGCCACACAAUUGCUGAUGUGCGGGCGUUCAUCGACACAACAAGGCCAGGAGAAGCCAGCGAUUACACACUGCAGGCCGGGUUCCCCCCUAAGCCACUCGAUGACAUGACCAAGACUAUCGAGGAAGCUGGUGUUGCCAACUCGGUAAUCAUUCAGAAAGUGUAGCUCAACAGAAACAAUUCUUGACCCUCUUCAACAAGCACACUGUUCCAUCUGAAGCGUGCAAAUUUCCCCCCUAUCUUUUCUUCCCAAGUUUUUCAUUGAAUCUACCUUUUCUGCCUUCCAUGGCUUCGACCAAUAGCUGCCAGCCUGCUCCAGAUAUGAAUCGUGUAAAACAGUGAGAUCUGGGUCUCUCCUCCUUAUUCAUCUAUAGUGAAUACUUUUGCUUGCAUGCC